AUGGAUUUGGGGAUCAGGAGGAAUAGAAAGAAGAGAGCAGUGUGCAGUCAACCUAGAGUCAAGUGGGGAAACUUGACUAAGGACAAAGCCCAAGAGUUAGGGGAGAGGUUACUGGCGAUGGGGGCCUGGAAGAGUAGUGGGGACACGACUGCGAUGUGGGCCAUGACAGCGAACUGCAUUAGGGAAGCUGCAAGAGAGGUUUUAGGGGUUACAAAGGGAUACCCUGGGAGACGUAUAGGGGAUUGGUGGUGGAAUACGGAGGUCCAAGGUAAAGUUGAAGUUAAGAAAAUAACUUAUUUGAAACUAGUGGAGAGCACGAAUGAGGAGGAGAAGAGGAUGCAUUGGGAAUGUUAUCAGAAGGCAAAGAAAGAGGCGAAGUUAGCGGUUACGACGACUAAGACUGCGGCCUUUGGACGCAUGUAUGCGGAGCUUGGGAGUACGAUGAUUACUUUGUACAAGAAUAAGGGUGACAUCCAAAACUGCAAUAACUAUAGGGGUAUCAAGCUGCUGAGUCAUACUAUGAAGAUUUGGGAGAGGGUGGUGGAAGUCAGAGUGAGGAAGAAUGUGUCUAUUUUCGAGAAUCAGUUUGGAUUUAUGCCAUGGCGAUCGACUACGGAAGCUAUUCAUCUGGUGAGGAGAUUGGUAGAGAAGUACAUGGAGAGAAAGAAGGACCUACACAUGGUGUUUAUAGACCUAGAAAAGGCGUACGAUAAAGUUCCGAGGGAGGUUCUGUGGAGAUGUUUGGAGGUUAGCAGCGUUCCGGUAGCUUACACUAGGGUAAACAAGGACAUGUAUGAUGGUGCUAAGACUCGGGAAAGGACAAUGGGAGGAGACUCAGAUCACUUCCCGGUUGUGAUGGGGUUGCACCAGCGAUCGGCUCUCAGCCCGUUCUUAUUUGCUCUAGCAAUGGAUGUGCUAACGCGACACAUUCAAGGGGAGGUGCCAUGGUGCAUGUUAUUUGCCGAUGACAUAGUGUUGAUUGAUGAGACGAGGAGCGGGGUCAAUGUGAGGCUGGAGGUCUGGAGGCAGACUCUAGAGUCUAAGGGUUUCAAGUUGAGUAAGAGCAAAACGGAAUACUUGGAGUGUAAGUUCAGUGACGAGACUCAUGAGGCGGAUGUGGAUGUGAAGCUUGAUACUCAAGUCAUCCCGAUGAGGGGUAGUUUCAAGUAUCUCGGGUCUAUAAUCCAGGGUAACGGGGAGAUUGAUGAUAAGGCCUCCCACCGUAUCGGUGCGAGGUGGAUGAAAUGGAGGCUCGCAUCUGGUGUUUUGUGUGAUAAGAAGGUGCCACCAAGACUCAAGGAUAAGAUUAGGAACGAAGUUAUUCAGGAUAAAGUGGGAGUGGCUCCCGUGGAGGACAAGAUGAGGGAGUUGAGAUUGAGAUGGUUCGAGCACGUGCAGAGGAGGAGUACGGAUGCCCUUGUUAGGAGGUGUGAGAGGCUGGCCGUGGCGGGUCUGAGAAGGGGUAGAGGACGGCCGAAGAAGUAUUGGGGAGAGUUUGCUAUUGUUUGA